GGUAGCCAUGUUUGCGUUGCCAGCUGUCUGGAUGUGAGGCGGCUAACCGGUUAGCUGUCUGAGCUAAAUUUGCCCCCCAUUUCGGGGUAAAAUCAACAUAACACCCGUCCGCUCCGUUAACACCGGCUGAAAAGGGAGCCGCGAUGCCGGUUCACUCCAGGGACAAGAAAGAAAGCAACCACGAAGAGAUGGAGGUGGAUUUUCCCGAGCAGGACGGCAGCAGCACAGACGAGGAGGACACCGUUAGCUCGUCCGUGUCUGAAGAUGGAGACAGCUCGGGUAGGAAAAAUGGGCCUUGUAUAUCACUUAGUAGCCGUUUCUAUCAAAAGUGCUUGUGUGACAGAGUUAAAUUCAGAAGGAUAUGUGGUUAGAGUUAAAAUAUGUCCACAUUUUGGCCGUAAGAUGAGGUGUAAGGGUGUUAUGAUGCUGAUGUUUGGGGGUAUCUAAGCAAACCACUCGGUCUGAAGGUGAUUUCUGAUCUGUCAUGUCUUUGUAUGAACAGAGAUGGAUGAUGAGGACUGUGAGAGGAGGAGGAUGGAGUGUCUCGAUGAGAUGACCACCCUGGAGAAGCAGUUCACUGACUUGAAGGAGCAGUGAGUUAAGAUCCUCCUUGUGUUUAGUCUGGUCUCUCUCCUCUUCCAGUUUUAGUCUUAUUCUUCUCUUUUGAACUUAAGGUUGUACAAGGAGCGUCUAAGCCAGGUGGACAUCAAGCUGCAGGAGGUGAUGGCCGGUUGUGCUCAAGAGUACCUGGAACCUUUAGCCAACCUGCAGGAGAACAUGCAGAUUAGGACCAAAGUUGCUGGUGGGUCAGUUUGGAAUAAUUACAGUCAUUGUUCUUCCAUAAAAAAUGACUAAGAUCCAACUUAAGGAGAUAUUCCGGCGUAUAUUUAAUUUAGGGUCAAACACACAGUAACACAGUAUGGGUUUCCUUCGCAGGGUGGCCGGGCUCAGCCUUGGAGAUAGGGUAAGGAGCUCGGACACUCGGGAGGCGCUCAGAGUAGAACCGCUGCUCCUCCAUGUCGAGAGGAAUCAGCUGAGGUGGCUCAGGCAUCUGGUUAGGACGCCUUCUGGACGCCUCCCGUUAGAGGUGUUUCAGAAAUGUCACACCGGGAGGAGACCUCGUGGCCGGGCGAGGACCAGGUGGAGGGAUUAUAUCUCUCGCCUGGCCUGGGAGCGCAGUCAGCAACAUUCAUCUCUCAAGGGGUUGUCUAACUCAUAGUUAAGGUGUUUUUGACCCUAUAUUAAUUUUACGCCGGAAUACCCCUUUAAGUGCUGCAGAAGUUUACUGAAUUUGAAGUUUUGUAAUUUAACUCUGAGAUAGACAAAGUGUUAGCGCUGGUUGCCUCAGAUUGAUGUGAUGUUGAAACGUUUGUCACAGGGAUCUACAGGGAGCUGUGUUUGGAGUCAGUGAAGAACAAGUAUGAGUGUGAGAUCCAGGCCGCCUGCCAGCAUUGGGAGGUAAGAGGUCAACAAAUAAAAAGGGUUUAUCGGUAGAUUCCACUGACUUUUUGUUUCCACUUGAUAUAUCUGUCAUUAUACGCUCACCCACACCCAAAACAGUCCUUUUCAUCAACUCCGAAGCCGUCACCAUCACGGACCCUUCAAAUUCCUCGGUUCACACAUCAAUAACACACUCAAAUGAAAGCAACAUGCAGAUGAAAGUUACAAAAAAGCCAAUAAAAGACAUGUAUCCGACACAGGAGAUAUAAGCAUGAUGUGCUGUAUUGGAAAACAAAUUCCACCAACCCUCUUGUGUGCCCAUUAAUAAAUGAUUCUGAUCCUGAUUUGUGCAUUAACCUCUAUUAAAAAUGCAUUAGCUUUUGAAAAGUCAUCACAGGUCUGCAGGUGUGUUUUCAAUCAAACCUGUGAUGGUCUGCACAAACUUGCAAGAAGCAUCCAGAUUCUGUAUAAAUGCUGCUUCAUCCUGCAGCUUCCUCUCCGCCCUGCUCUCCAUCACAUCUGCAGCUCAUAACACAUCGCCAACAGUUCCCUAUCACAGGUUGGGAGAGAUCCACGUUUUUCAAGUCCCAUUAAUGCCCCCUAAAGAUGUCAAAGACAAGUCAUGUUUACAUCUGCUGCAGACAAAUAUAAUUAUGACACAUGAGAGCAGAGGUGAAGUCAUGCACAUGUGAAAAUUGAACCUACAGUGACUCACUUCAGCUCAGCUACAAGUUCAACAGAUUUUUUUUAUGACCGUUUUUUCUCCAUCAUGUGUCUUCCCCUCCCCUCCUUGUUUCUGUCUUUCAGAGUGAGAAGUUGCUGCUGUUUGACACGGUGCAGAGUGAGCUGGAGGAGAAAAUAAGACGAUUAGAGGAGGACAGACACAGUAUUGACAUCACUUCAGGUAACAACAAACACCUGUCUAAAACAAAAAAUACAGUUUACAUUCAUUCAUCUGUUUGUUAAAUCAAAUCUGAAGGUUCACAGCAGGUCAGUGUCAUGGCUGAUUGAAAUGUUGAAAUUAGAAUAAGGUGUGACUCUUUUGUUGAUAAAUAUUCUUAAGACUGGUCUUGCAGUUCAUGAAAAGGUUCAACUAUGAGGCAGAGAAAUGACUCUCUUCUUUCCGAUCAUGUUUUCCAGAGCUGUGGAAUGAUGGAUUGCACUCGCGGAAAAACAAAAAGAAAGAUCCGUUCUGCCCGGUCAAGAAGAAGAAGCCUGUCGUUGUUUCUGAUAUCCUUUUGUCCUGUCCUCAUUUUAUCCUGCUGUUCUUUACCCACACAGCACAGACGGAUGCUUUAUGCUACUUUCCUCUGUGUUUUCCUUAACCUACUUCUUCACGGCCUUAUAUAGUUUACAUGCUGCAGGAUCUUGAUAUUCUUGAAGACUGGACUGCAAUCAGAAAGGUAUUCUGUAAACUCUGAAUGAAGUCACUUCUGCGACGUGACUGCGCUUUGAUUUUGACCUUUUUGAAGUUGUGUCUCAUUGCUCCCACAGGCGAUGGCAUCGCUGGGGCCACACAGGGUGAAGGUGGACGGUAAGAAUUUCCCCUUGUCCUCGGUUACAGUCAAUAUCUGGCUGAGUGCAUCCAUCGACCCACUGCCGCACAGGAGGGUCGAGUCAAUACUUUCAGCUAAAAGUACUCGAGCACACAUUUGAAAAAGGAGACAGACGUUGUCUCCGUCUUCUGUCAUCUCUUUGAAUCGUCUUAAAACUGUUUUCCAUCUUCUGGACCCCACCUCGUCUUCCUCACUCGCCCUUUUUCCCCUUCAGCGCCUGCGGUCAAACCUGACAGACAUCACCAUGUGGCCCGCUCUGAAGACGGGCGACUUUUCUAUGACAACCAGUGGUACUGCAAAGGACAGACGAUCUGCAUCAACAGGAAGGACGAGUAUCCAACUAGGUGUGUAUAAGUAACUUUACACCAGGAAUAGUAUAAAGUAGGGCUGUUCUGAUAUGAUAUUGAUCGGAUAUCGGUCCGAUAUUAGCAAAAAAAUGAAUAUCGGAUGAUAUCGGCUUGCAUCUAAAAUCUCCGAUAUCAGCACUCUGAUAAAAACAGUCCAUUCUAGACUCCACUCCGGCACCUUUAACUAGCAGCACCUGGAUCCAGCGUGCAGAGCCCACGUGAUCACAACAACAGUGUGUACUUAGGUACUAACAAAGUAGUGAGGAGUAGGAGUGAUGUUGGCUGUGUGACAGUGUUUUUCGUUCAAGUCCGAAAAAGACGUUGCAGCUGAGUGCAAAACUUGUCAUGCACAAGUUUGUGCCAAUAUCGGACCAACAUCGGUAUCGGCUGAUACUGAAAGCUACAAUAUCGGUAUCGUAUCAGAAGUGAGAAAGUUGUAUCGGGCGACCCCUAGUAUAAGGCACAAAACAACUCGGGUCUGAUGUUGGGACGUUUCGAAAGCUCAAUUUUCUUUAGUUAAGAGACUAAACACAACUCAACCAAUCUCUUCCAGCAGCCGCUUGUUUGCACAGAGACCUCGGGCAAGUCCAUCGACCUCUGCGGGUGCUGCAGCUCAAGGAAGAACAUUUAUGAUCGUGAUUUUAUCAUUUCCUUGAAGUAAUUAUCAUCAUAUUUAUCAUUUUAAACUUCAGACGUGGUCAUUCUAGCAUCUCGGUCUGAUUGCAUUUCCAUGAAGAAAUGAUCAUAAAUGUUCUUCCUUGAGCUGUGUCACCCCGCAGCAGUUUGUAAUGGACUGGCCUGAGGUCUUGCUACAAAUGAGCAGCUGCUGGAAGAGAGUAGGUGAGUUGUGUUUGGUCUCUUUGCUAAAGAAAUAAGUCAAAGUUGUAAAGAUGUUUGGUGGCUAGUACUAUGGCUGUGACCCUAUAUGUACUGUUGAUGAAGUUCGGUGCUGUUCUGAGCAUUAUUUGUGGCUAUAGAGUGGCGUUUUAGUUGAGGUUUGUUUAUGUCUCCUUAGACCGCUGUGUAUUUAAAGAGAUAUACCUGCAUAAAAUUGAUUUAUGUUCAAACACACCAUAACACCGAGUAAAACACCCCCUCGAGAGAUGAAUGUUGCCGACCGCUUGCUUCUGUGUCCCUAAAGCUCUCAAGAGCAGUCAUUUGUGGCUAACAUCGGUGUAUUUGUGUGUCCUGCAGUGCCACCAUCACCACCGUGAACAACGACGAGGUCUGGUUCAGACGACUCGACGGCACCAAGUCAAAGCUGUACAUCUCCCAGCUGCAGAAAGGCAAAUACACAAUCAAGCACCCAUAAAAAACAAAACAAAAAAACAAAACAAAAACACUACCACGCAGAACAAAAAAACAACAACGCCCAUCUUCGCUGUGUUUCAGUUAGUCUACUGUCAGUGUGAUAUCGUCCAACCUUAAUGCCAUAUGUACAGGAAGGGGAAGUGAGGCGUGUUUAUGAGAAACAAAAAAGAGAAAUUAUCGACUGACCCUUCUAGUCCGAGGGGAAGCUCUUCUGUAAAUAUGUACGUAUGUUGAUAUCCUUGAAAAGGUCACAAAGUGUUAUUCUCUCUGGAACGGAGAUCAAUGCAAAGUGCUGCUAAAAAAAAAUCGAAGAGGCGAAGAACUGGAGCGGUAGCGGACUGUGAACCGCAGAGCUAGGUUGUGUGCCUUUUCCUGAGACAAGUUGAUGCCUCUGCUGAUGAACACGAAUCAAAAAAAAAAAAAAAAAAAGUGAACUAUUACUAUCAAUGCAGUGAAGCCUUACUCUGUGCUGUGUUAGCUCAAAGAGGACUGAAGCGGGUCAAUGAACGAGUGAGUGAGAAAUCCCCAAUCCAGGUGAGGAUGCUGUCAGCUGUGUGUUUGAUUUUCCUCUCCAGCCGCAUCAGUGAGAUUUGAAUUUCAUGCUCCAUAGAGCCUAUUAAAUCCGUAUUAGGAUCCCCGAGGACCCCAGUUUGAGAAAAUGUUUGAUUUAGUUGAACAAAUUGCACAAGUGUCAAUACAGAGACGGUGAAUGAUUAAUCAAUUUCUGAGCAAAUGGUUGUAUUGCGAAUAAAAACGGGAUGAAAAUGUUCUCAGUGAAAACCCCGGGGUUUUCUUGAUCCCACUUGGGGCGCCACUUUUCCUAAACGAUCUCUUAAUGUUUUAGAAUAAUUUCUCUGCACUAUAUCGAACCGAGGCCGGCUCCGUGCACUAAGAAAAGCAUCCAAUUCAAGACGACGGUAUCAGGAGGCGGCCUGUAAAUAGAGCUGAUUUUGUUGUGUUUUUGUUGUCCACUGUGAUUCUCCCUCUGUUUCCUAUCAUGUCGUCAUGUAUCUGACAGUGCCUGAAACUCUAAAACACAGGAGAUGAAGCGGGACGUGCUUCUGCUGCAGUGUGGGCAGCGUCUUUGUCGGUGGUGAGGGGCCUGACAUUUGUAACUUUCAUUCUUCUUUCUUAAUCCAGUCAGUUUUUUUUGUGUGUGCUAUGCAGUGUAAAUGUUACACCUCUAAAAAAUCAAAACUAUCGUCUUGUUUCUUAUCCUUUAUUGUCUGUAUUAGCCCCUCUCUAUUUAAAGUUUUUGUCCCUCGACAGUAAAAUGAAAAAGCAAGUUCAGGGGAUUUUUACUGUAUGAAUCCAUCCAAUCGUACUUUCUCUCUGUAAAUUCUACUUGAUUCAGUAUUAGGGAUCUUGUUUUGUGUAGUAUUUACGGUGCUAAAUAUAUUUUAUAUCAUUGCAGUCAUACUUCAAGUAUUACCCGCUGAUAUUAUUGUAAAAAAUGAGGCACUUUCAACAUCAGAUCAUGAGCGCCAAGUGUCGCUGAGCGGAAACUCCUCAAAGGUUGUUGUUGUAAAUUUUCAUUUCUGCUACAUUUCUACCUUUUUAUGCAUCAUGAUACCUUUUUCCACAUGACAGGUAAAAGGAAAAAAAAACUCUGUGACAUUGUGCCAAUGCAUGUAAAGCUGAUUAAAGAUUUUUGUUUGUAUCAUUUGAAAAGAUUCAAACCUGCAAGCAAAUAAUUCUUCAUAUGCAAAAAAGACUUUCUUGCGUUUCUUGCACACACAAAAAAGCGUCCGUCUGUGCAUUUAGGUGAUUACAGUAUCAACCUGCACAGCCAAGCUCCAGUCAAGCAAAUUUAAGGGUGUAAGAGCAUUGAGUAAAAAAAAAAAUCAAGGCUUUGGAUUUGGACUAGCAUGCACAAAAAAGUCCAGAUACCAUCUUACAUAAUACUCCAGUGUACAAUAGGAAGAAGUCCCUGACAGUGCGUAACCCAAAGUCACCCCCGAGGCUGGCUGAACCCCGGCAGCACCUCUUGGUGACAAAAACGAAGUGGCUUAUUUUGGAGAAACAUGCUGAGCUAGUCCUAUUUGAUAAUGGCUCUUUGGUUUGCUGUGCUGUUCAACCUUUCACUCACUUAUUUCUGCCAAAGGGACACUCACUAGAUUAACGCCCCGUACUGGUAUUGAUUCAAGAUCUAUGCUGAUGUGCCAUUUUCCCUACCACCCCCCACUUCACUGCCCGGCUCGGGUCUGUGUGCGGACGCCUCAUGCAGAACUGCUGCAACCUUUGAUUGAUCUAUUGGGAGUAUUGAUUAGAUCCAGCGAUGUAGCCAGGAAUUGUAAAGGAAUCAAUUGAAAGGCUAUUUGGUUGAAAUUCCGCUUUUGAUAGAGCUUUAAAGGCAAAAAGAACAUUAUUCGGUAACACUUAACAAUAACCUUAAUUUAUAAAUGGUAAACAUAUAGUUUAUUAAUGUUUAAUCAUCAUUUAUAAAUAGCAUAUAGACCAUUUAUAAAUGGCAAACAGUCAGUUAAUAGUUACUUUACCAUUAAGAAGCUAUGAAAUUAUGAUUAAUGGACUAUUUAUUAAAGGUUAUAUAGGGUUUAAAUAUUGGUUGCAAAACAUCUAGAUUAAAAUGUGUGCAGGUAGCACUUUGUAAAUGGUUAAUAUUUGUUUUUUUUAACCAUCUUUAAACAUUAAUUAGAUGGUUAUUGUAAAGUUAGGGUCAGGGUUAGGUUUUUAAAAUUGUAAAAUAGUCUAUAUGCUAUUUAUAAAUGAUGAUUUAACAUUAUUAAAACUAUCUGCUCACCAUUUAUAAAUGGUCUAUUUACCAUUUAUAAGUUAUGUUUAUUGUAAAGUGUUGCCUAUUAUUCCAUAGAAUUACAGCAGAUAUUAAAUAGAAGUAAAUUUAUGAAUGAGAAUAUUUAAAAAUUGGGACAUUUGAAACAAUUGUAGAAAAAGCAUCCCUGUUGCACUGACGCUGUUUCAACCAGAAGGUGUCAGUAGUGCUCCACUGAGGAGACGAAGCGGCCUCUGCACUGGUUGGGAGGAGGGAGGUGGUCUGUGAAUCUGGGGCACCCUGCUGCUGAAGCCCUCCAGCUGAUGAGAGAGAGAAAGAGAGAGAGCGAGUGAGGAGGGAUGAAGGCACAGUUUGAUCACAGCUCGCUGGCCACGUCUGCUACUGCAACAGAGAGAGAGAGGGGAAGAGGAAAAUCCCCAUCACCGCAUCAAAGCAACAGAGCUGUCUGUCGCUCUGCGCUCCAUGCAGCAUCCCUUCAGAGUCUCGCAUCUCUGUGUUUAUGUGAAGAUAUCACCAGAGACGGUUAUUCGAAGCUAAACCUGCACAUACUCCGCUCUGACAAAAGGGAGGGAUUCCUUGUUUGUUUUCUGUCUGUUUAUGCUGCAGAAUCUGGAUCUGAAUCCAGAGGGUCGGGCUGUCUCCUGCUCCAUCUAUACUUAAUGAGAAACCAGAACUGGGGGUCAUUGGGACGUGUUUACUGCAACACUGGGGUUAAUUAGACCGUGAAAGUGUCACAGUGUGCUAAAUAACUUAUACCCCUGCCCCUCUGUGUGAUGUAUGUGCAUUUGCAUUGCUUUGUGUUUUGUUGUCAAGAGAGUGAGACCAUGUAUGUGGAUCCCUUUUGUGCAUGCAUGCAUGUAUGUUGCAGUGUGCCGGGCCUGUGCGUGGGUGUGAGCCGUUUGAUGUUGAUUGUAUAAGAGAAUGCCGAAUGCAUAGAGAUCCAGAAGUUAACAUCAAAAGACGCGAGCCGAGCCGCUCGUCAUCAGCAGACGUGAGGAGAGAAGAACAAGGUGGAUCUCUUAGGACUACGCAGCAACCUGCAAGCUGUGAUAUGAAUGAGCCUGGUGUCACCUCUGUAUAUGUGUCAUUGGCAGCAGCCUGUAACACUUAAGGUGAAGCAGUUUCCUCAGCUGAUAUUGUGCGUUUUGUCAAAUUUCUGCUAAAGAUGGUCGGCUUUAGGGAGAAUUUUUGUUUAACCUCUACUCCAAAAUGAAUAAGAUGCUGAAUUAUGAAGUUCGAUCUAAAUUUAUAUAAGUCUUAUUAAAAAUAGUGCAAAGACAACAUAUCAAAAUCUCAUGGCUGGAUGCACCAGGGCAGAACUGUAGGCUAGGCCCUCUAGCACCUGGACCCUUCUACUGUGGAGCCAUCCUGUUGUAAUACAUGCAGAUUUUCAGUAGUUAGAGGCAUGUCUGGAUGGCAGCAUAUGUUCCUCCAAAACCUGUAAAUAUUGUUUAGCAUUGAUGGUUCCCUCCAGAUACUCAUGCUGCUGACUUUUGAACCGUGAGCAGAUAAGAAGCUGGGUGUGCCCUCUCUUCUGAAGAGUGACGGAUGCAAGUUUUGGUUUCGUCAGACUACAGGAAGUUCAUCUUAGAUGAGCUUGGACCUGGAAUCAUGUCUACAUCUUGUUUACUUUAUGCGAUUUCCACUACAGAGUCAUAUCUGUUUUAACUGAAGUGCUACCUUAGGGCUUUUAAAUCAGUCCCAGAUGCUCAGGUUAUAUGCUAAGGAACAUUAAUCUGAUAUUGUGGAACUAUUUCCUCACACAGACUCUCACAGAGAUCCUGUUCUUAUCUGGAAUGUUCUGUAUCUACAUCCAACCAUGAGGAGAUUGUCCUUCAGGUCCUUAAUUUUUGAGUAGAGUUGCACAACCUUUGCGCUAGGGCUGGGUGAUAAACCGAAAAUUUACUGAUACUGAAAUUUACGACAGUAAUCAAGGUCAUUUUGCCCAUUUUCUGUAUAUUCAGUGUCAAAAAAAUCUAUAAUUGAAAGUUGGUUUUGGAUGUGUGUAGGUAGGCUAUGGUCUCAUGUCCCUUUAAGGCACUUUUCUUUGUCAGAGACAUGACUGUGGAGUAUUUAUCGUCCAUUUAUUGUUAUGAAGGUGAACUGCUCGAUAUAUCGCGAUAUUGAUUUGUGGCCAUAUCCCCCAGCCCUACUUUGCACUGUUUUGUUGUUCCUGACCCAGUCUUUUUAGAUGGUCAGAGCUCUCAGUUCACACAUUGAAACAGCUGAUAUGUACACUUAAAGAUAACUACACCCUGUGAAUACUCUUACAUUUGGUAUUCUAGUAACUUUAUUUCAUUUGCAUAUACGAGUCCUCGGCACAAAACUUUGUUCUUUCCUUGCGAUGACUUUUCAAAAGCAUAAAAAGGGAAACUUUUCUCCCACAAGGUGACAAUGUGUGGUGAAGAAAAUGUCAAAUUCAAGUUGACUAAAACAAUGCAAUCACUUAAUAACACAUCCUAAAGGACAGCAUUUAAAAUGCCUGGAAAUAAAAAGGUACAUUAGUCAACUCCAGAUGUACUUAAUGAGAGUUACCAGGAGACAAGAAAACAAAAUCCCACUCAAGGUUACGAGAAGGUCUGUCUUAUCAGGCAUCGCUACUUGCACAAUACUUCAUGUGCUGCAUUACAGCCUAUGUCGAAAACAGGUUUGUUUUUAUUACUGCUGCUUUUGCCAGCAUCAUGUGUCUGCCAAGCCAUCUUUCCAGCGACUUGCAAGAGCGUUCUCCAUUCCCCGGCGUCUUAACGUGACGGAGCUCCAUAUUUGGUAAAGACCUUGGACUGUUUGUAGCAGUUUGACAGCACGUCUUCUCUGCGCUGCUUGGUCGGAUUGCUCUCCAGCAAGUUUGUCAGAGUGGAUGACGAGUUUGGCUGAACGUGGAGCACCUCCUGCAAGAAGGACAAGGAAGUGGAGCAAGUUUCAGCGUGUCUAAAACAACAGGAGCACCUUUGAUUCCCACUCAGACCCUGCAUGGUCUCUGAAUGUGACUAAAAGGGUCUAGUUCCCGUUGUAGUAUCUCAGGUUGGCAGGGCGUUCUCCUUCAGCUAUUACAGUGAGGUCUUGCUGGGGUCCCAGUUUUGCGGUGACACACUUGGACCGAAAGAGCCAAGAGGAAGACUAUUGAGAGUCACUACAAGAAUCCAGCACUACACAGCAAUGACUGCCUGAAAGCGAUAUCACCCUCCCUUGGGAAUGGAUAUGAUUGCUCAUGAUGAUACGUAGCCAAAAGGCGACAUUUUGGAUCCCCUCCAUCUGAUUCUUUGGCUGUCAGGGACUUAAACAGUAGGAAGUAACUGCCAACCUCUUGGACUGAGCAACAUCCACAUGAUACGAUGAGUUAUUUCGGCUGGUGUACGUUAAAUUCCCUGCUAUGAAUGACACAUUUUUUUGCUCGGGGAAGCUCAAUGUGUCUCAAGAAAGGAUUCCAGCAUCAAAGAGGAGAAAUCCUUGAAUGCAUGUGGGUAUUUUUGCCCCCAAACAAAAAGGUUGGGCCGCCAGAGGUGGCGUGAGGGGAGGAAGAUGACCCUUCUCCGCUUCUUGGCGCUCUCUGUGUUCUACUUUUGCGUUCUGCUAUCUUGAUGGGGUUCGGAGGGUCUUUAUUUUUGACUACAAACUCCUGAAUUUCCACCCAGACGGCUGUAUCCUGUGCCCUUCAAUUGAAAUCACAAGUUAAGAUUCACUGGGCAGGAUCCUCUAAAGCUGUUAUCCGCCAUGAAAACAUGACCGUGUUUUCUAACAACACUUCAAAGGGCACACGAGUCAGGCGCCCUUUCGUACCACCCAAACUGCAUGCUUUGUUAAAGGUUUCUGAGGAGGCCUGCCUCCAGGACGCUCAGUUGCAGCGCUUUUUAUUUCCAACUCUACAGACUAAUUAAUGCAUUUUCUGUUGAGUCUGUUGAGUUUUUAUUAUAUGCAUUGUGUUCUUUUAGUAAACACCCUCUGGCUCACCCUUUCCUGCACAAGAGUGUCUCAGAAGGACCCUUUCGGCUGUCUGUUUAUUCUCGACAACAGCAGCUUUUCUCAGUGAAACAUCUGUUAGUAUGGCGUUGAGGUGUAGGUCCUGCUUUUGUUAAGCUUGAAAGAUGUUGAUUUGACCCUCGAAUCAGCUCUCUCUUGGUCCUCUUUGUGUGUGUGUGGACUGGAAUCUUGAGAAGGCCACUUUGCUCUCUUGCACUCUCUCCAAGGAGAUCGGCUUUCACCUGGUACUAGGGCUGGGCGAUAUGUCCUUCUAAUCAAUAUUACGAUAAUUUAAGCAGUUCACCUUGAUAACGAUAAAUGGACGAUAAAUACUCCACAAGAUGCUCACUCCCUCCCACAUUAACUUUGUCUACUUCAGCCGCCGCUCAAGCCGCUACAACUUUUGAACCGUCCUCCAUUUCCUCACCUGUCUUUCCCUCUGAGACUAUAGCCUACCUACACACAUCCAAAAACAACUUUCAUUUUUUAAUUUAGUUUAAUUUUUAAGUAUUUUUUGGGGCAAUUUUAGCCUUUUUAUUGAUAGGACAGAGUGAAAUGUGGGGAUAUAGAGAGAAGGACAUGCAGCACAUGGUCGAGGCCGGAUUCCGACCCACAAGCGCUGCGAGGCUGUGGUCCCCACGGGGCGGGCUAACCUGCUCGGCUAACUGUGCACCUCUGUUUAUUAGUUUUUUUUUAAAACCAAAUAUACCGAUAUGGGCAAAAUGAUGUCUGUUAUUGUCCUAAAUUUCGGUAUCGGUAAAUUUUCGGUUUAUCGCCCGGCCCUACCUGCAACAAUGCAAAUUUACCUAAAGAGAUUCAGGCUGACGGAUCCCAGUUUGAGGGUUUGAGGGUUGCUUAACAAUCAUAGAACAAAAAAUGAGCUGCAAAAUGAGAACAAGGCAACUUAUUUGACGGUAAAUGUUUGAGGCCUGUAGCUGAAAAUUUCUUAAUGACUAUGAUUAUUGAUCUCCUGGACCUUCUUUUUCUACUCUUUUCAGCAAGAUAGCUUGAAAGUGGCGAGCUGCGACCAUCUGGAUGUGUCAGUUUUAUUUAUCUGACCGGACGAGGUUGCAGUAUCACCUUCCACCUCCACACCCACUGUCCUCAGUCACCAUACAGUAUCUCCUCGUUAUGUCAGGCCAGAUAUGCAAAGUAGCACCAGGAGCCAGUGUAGCAUGGCCGAGGUAGACAGGAGCAGUGCGUCUGUAUGUGUGUGUGUGUCUGUGUGGGCGUGCACGUGUGUGUGUGCCCUUCUCCGUCUGUUUUUUGUGUGUCUGGAUGGACUCCAUAGCCUGAAGCUUGGAUUUUACAUAGAGAGGCUAUCAAGUUCAGGCAUCAUCUCCCCAAACACAUAAACACACACAACUUAUCCGCCACUUGCAGGCUCGGCCUCAAGUGCUCAGUGCAGGCUCAGUAUGGAAAUGUAGUCAAAUGGCCAACUGGCAUCAGCGGCAGGAUAAGAGCCGACAGAGACUUCAGAGCAGUGAGGGUGAUUCUCAGGCAUCAUGGUUUGUUGUUUAUUGUACAGUAGUAUGUUCACAUAUUAGAUUUUUAUGUGUGUGCGCGGGUUUUUAUCGAACGUUCACUCAAAUGCGAACAUGCUGGCUUUGUUUACAGCGUGUGUGUGUGUGCGUGUGAGCGUGUGGAUGCAAAAUCAGUGGAGUGAGAAACAGAAAACUCACCCAGCCAUUUGGCUGCAGUCCUAAUUGGCUGCGUGUGCUGUUGACAGGAUGCUGACAGAGCACAUCGCACAGACAGGUACUCUCUUUCUUUCGGUUUCAUCUUCAGGCUCGCUGAAACUAUUUCCUCUGAGGAAUUCCCUGCUCUACUAUUUUUCAAGCAUGAAAAACCUUAAGUGGCGCCCUUUGACAAGUUAUAAAGCCUGUUGUUUUUUUUGUUUUUUUCCAGCACUUGAAUACAGGAAGAGGGAAGGGGGGAGGCUGAAGAUAGGCCGGCCUUAAUGAGACUGUUUUCUGCUUCUUACUGUACAGUGAUCGGCUCGGCUGAGUGUGUGCGCAUGUGGACGGACACAUGAACACAUAUGCACCCCUACCAACGCAUUGUCAGACAUAUAAGAGCACAUGUACAUACUGGGAUUCCUGUUAUGUAAGUAUUAACAGUAUAUGCAUGUGCGUUCAUAUCGACACAGCAGCGAAAAGCUCAUUAGCUCCACAUCCAAAUCAAAACAGGUUCAGAGAAUCAAGAGCCCCUCUCAUCACGAUGGCAUACUUGACUCUGUGAGGAACAGGAGUGAGCACCUUCGCAUGGGGGUUUUUGAUAGACAGCAAAGCCCAGUGUGAGGCGAGGAAAAAGGGGGGAGGGGAUGUAACUAUCAGCUGAAACGAACCGUAGUUAAAGACAGGAGAGGUUUUCGCCUCGGGGUGCUUUUACUCGACACUUUCCUCCUGUGGACACAAUCAUAUCACUUAAUGCACUUCUUUCUCUCUCUCUGCAGCUCAUUCAUAAACACAUUUACGAAAUCUGCAACCCCUUCAGGUGCCUUUUCAUACAGCGUACACUUAUGUGAGUUAUGUCAUACUCUGUACGGUGAGUCCAGUCAGCCAUGUCUGCUUAGAAUAACACAAAAUCAUCCUGUUUGUCAACUCGACCUAAAGAGUCGUAGAUACUGAGGUUUUGCCUUCAAGCAGGUUUCCUACACAGCUGUAAUUUACAUACUUUUGCAUAGGGCUGUGCGAUAAACCAAAAAUUUUCUGAUACCGGAAUUUACGACAAUAACCAACGUCAUUUUGCCCAUGUCAACAUAUUCUGUGACAAAUAUCAAAUGAGGCUGGGUGAUAAAUCAAAAAUUUACGGAUACCGAUAUUUGCUAACAUUAGUCCGACUCUGAGUACAGCGACCCACACCCAACCCACACUCGACCAGAUGAGUGGAUUCAGAGCUAAGAUGAGUAACUCCACUCUCUGGCUCACUGGAUUAAUGCGAUUGAUUAAUAACAAAGCCUCAGAUUAAUUAGAUUAAUUUUUUGAUAGAGUCCCAGCCCUAUUUUCAACACUUUUUAAGACCUGGAAAUUGAUCAAAAUCAUUUCCAUACAAGCGUAGGAACCCUGUUCAAGGCUCCUAGGUUAUGGAAGAGCAAAGCUGCACUGUCAACGCAGAGUUUCCUGAGUUUGCACUAGAAGCUGGCUGCAGUAGAAGAGGAAUCCCCUUUAGGUUUUGAUGCUAAAAUCCUGAACAUGUGUUUUGGAAAUUUCUGCUUCUUGAAAGAAAAAGUGACUCAGAGCCAAAACAGUCCUGGACAGUCAGUGGGAGAGUCCCCGGGAAGCUUGGGCGUUUCCUCUCUAUAAAAACAUCAUUAUAUCUUUCAAACAUUUGACAUACAUGUUUUCAUUGGACAAUAGUCAUCUGCAAUACAUUUCCAGUCGUUUCAUUGGUCAUGAGACAUCUGCACUGUUACACAUUAAACUUCUACUUUCGCCGCCCUCAGGGGUGAAGGUUUCACAUCUUCUCUUUCUCUUAUCUCAGUGGAGGCAGCUGACCUUCAGUUUUGCAACUCAGACAAUAAGUCAACGUGGCAGAAGUUAUUCACCAGAAAACAACAGCCAUGUUAUAAUAAGGAAUACAUUACACACACAGGAGUUUUCCACCAUAUUAUAAAUGCUGCUGACUCUACCCAAGUGUUGGUCUACCUAAGCAAAAACACAAAGAUCAACAGAGCCAACUGUCAGUCAAAUCAGCCACAUUUUUAUGCAAAUUUCUCCUGCACACUGUACAAAGGUUACUUUCGUUUUCUUCUUAAGAUACUACAAAGUCAAGGAGUUAAGAGUUUAUUUUUACAAUAAGGGGUCAAGUUGAGUUGACUGACAAAAGGGCAUGUUCCUGUUUGCCAAGAGGCUUAAGGCCUGCCUCAGCUCCGCCUCUUGGCUUGUGUUGAGGUUGACCAAAAGUUAGAUUGAGUCAGCGUUUCCAGGAUGGCAGCUUCAAACCGCCUCUUCUGAAACCACUUUCCUUCUCACAGAGACUACACCUCUUUUUUUUUUUUUUUUUUUAAAGCUAAAGCCCCAUCUGCUCACGCACUGCACCCCUGAAAAGUUCCCUGUUUUGGUCUGCUGCUGUGAAAUCAUUUGAAUAAAAAGUUGGUCAGCAAACUGUUAGUUUGGCUUAGUGCAAAGAUUGGCAUAGGGGUGAAACAGCUAGCCCCUCUCUCUCUCUCUGAAGAUAACAAAAUCCGCCUAUCAGCACCUCAGAAAGCUGACAAAUUAACAUCAUAAAUCUAGUUUGUUUCGCUGGAGUCUCCACUGGUUGCCUGACAGUUACAGCUCCCAGCCCAGAAAUAAUCUGGCACUUGUGCUGUAAGCUUUCAUGUUCAGAAAAUGAGAAGAGCAGGAGAAAUGACUGCUUUACAAACUAAAGAUAUGUUCAGUCAUUAAUAUUAAAUGAUAAUCUCUACUGCUGCUAGUCACUGCAUUUAAAUAUCUACUUGAUACCUAAUCAGUUGGCAGGAUCUGAAAUAGCGAUUCACAAUCAUUUAGACCAUCCCUGGAUCAGCCGAGCGUGCCUGCGAAACUCCUGCAAAACCUCGAGUGAAAACCUGAUCUAAAUACAACAUGAAUUAAUGUGUCUCGCAUAUUAAUGAAAGAGUAGAAAGCAGCGCACAGGCAGGUGGUAAAGUAGUACAAAGCAGAUAAGAGAUAUCAAUGUUGUCAGGCUGCACUUCAGACAACAUCCUGCUCAUGCAAAAGCUGAAAGUGCAACACACUAAAGACAGGGUUUCUGCUGGGUCUUUAAAAAGUCUUAAAACAUAAAAUAAUUUGAAUUUAAGGCCUUAAAAUGUAUAAAAUUCUCUUACAAUCUCAUAAAAUGUCUUAUAUACAUAUUUGAAAGGUCUUAAAAUGUAUUGAUGUUACUUAAAAAUACAGAUUGAUUUGAAAUUAGUUUAAAAUGUUCCAAUUUCUCUUUGUCUUUUGUAGUUUUUUUGCCAGUAUGGAUGUAAAAUGGAUCUUAAAUUGUAUUCACUAUGGUCUUAAAAGUCUUAAAUUUGACAUGCUGAAACCUGUAUAAACCCUGUAAAGAUCUUAUUGGCAGAAAUGCUGCAAAUUAAAAACACACUCAGAAGUCCAAAACAACAACAACUGCAAGGUUGAAUUGCAAGGUUUCCAGCUGUGCAUUUGUCCCAGAUUUUUGCACAAAUUCUUAAAUUUGCAGCCACUCCACUCUUACACUAGAAUUAGAUAUUACCUGAACCGAGAAAAAUCUGCUUGAUUAUUUCAACUUAUUCUGUCAUGUGCAGGUUAUACACGUGGUUUAAAUUCCCCUAGCAUAAGGAACUUGGAUGUAGGAAAUGAUUGUGCAUGUGUAGUACAUUUAUAUAAUGUUAAAAAAGGAUUUAUGACAUAAGACAGACUGAAACUGGACUAACCCUCAACAAUACGCCCCUUAUUGUCUGUCUCAUGCUCAUUCUCAGGAAGGUGUUUUUUGCUGACAAACUGCAUUUCUUAAUGUGGUUUACAGCUUGUGGAGUUGCAGUCACAUCAAUAGUCGUGUGAUGUAAGAGAACUUUUUGAGUGAGUUGGGACUUGCUGUUCUGAUGAGGAACAUACCAAAGAAAAAGAGAUGAUCAUAAAACCUUGAGAUCAUCUGUCUUUAGGGUUUUGGAUUGACUCCAGGAAAAACAGGUUUGUUUAACAAAUCAGAUCCUGAGACUCAGACGUCAUUAUUUUUUUGCAAAUGAUUCAGAUCAGAGUCAAGUGUCCAGUCAUCAACGACAUCUGCUUGGGUUGAAACGGUGUCGAAUAUCAAAUAGGGCUGAGCAAUAAACUAAAAAUUUACUGGUACCGAAAAUUUGAAAUUGAAACACCAUCCAAACUGGCGCCAAAUUUUUGUUUAUUUUGAAUUUUUUUUUUUCUUUUUUACAUAUUCUGUUAUGAAACCAGAACAUGAUGUUCACUGUUUACUUCUUUCAAGGAAUAUUCCAGAAAAAAAGCUAGAGACUAAUGUUUGAGGCUCAUGAGGCAGCUCGGCAUUAAGAGGAGCUGAAGCAUCCUUAAUUCACUUAAACUGGAUGAGAGAGUUGAAAAGGUGAAACUGCUGGGGGCUGAGUGAUGUGAGGGAAGCUUUAACCAAUCAGGGAGUGACCUCGCGGUCUCUGUUUCCUUUCUGAUGUUUCACUACCUCUUUUCCCCCCUCUGUGCACGCGGACGUUUGUUAUAUAGCUGUAAGUCGUCGGUCUUGACACUUUUCUCUGUAUUUUUCUGAUAAAAGCGAAGGUGGCUCAGAGAUGAAACAACUCUGGAGAUUUUUACCACACAGGAUCAGCCAAGUCCACCUCACUGAAGGCCCACCUCAUGUUGCUAAAGUUAGCGUUUUGAAAUAUUCACACUAUCCUCCAAUUUUAAUAAACCUCCACCUCUAAGACUAUUAAUGCAAACUGAGCUAAUAGAAUACGACAUGUGCAGUGUGGAAGCCUUACUGAAAUAAGCAGAGACAUCCCCCCCGAUAGAAGAAACUAUUUCAUCCUAAUUUAAAAGGGAAAAUAUUGAGUAAGUGAUCUGAGUUAUGUGAUUGCGUUGUUAUUGUCAGUCCACAGCGUUGUACAACUCCUUCAAACUCAAUCCAAGGAAGCCGUUGAGGUUUACCACACGUGCAUUAACAGGUUAGCUCCUUUCAAAGCUUUUCUUCCCUAAGAGGUUUCCUUCAGUUCUGCGACCGCAGCGUUUGCCUCAUCCGAGUUCAUCAGCUGGUUAUGGAAAGUUACAGGAAGUCAUGCAGCGUUGACAUCAGCAUCUCUCUCUGGCUCGUAGUGGCAGCCUGUGAUUUCAUGAAUGGAGAAGUUUGUCUAUGAUUGUGGACCGUUACAAAACCCCGGUACCUUCUCUUAGGGCUGGGUGAUAUGACCUCAAAUCAAUAUCA